UAUGAAUUUUCCACCUCAAAUGCCACUUGGACUUGGUCAAACUUUUGUAAAUACCAUCUGGCAUGGGUCAAACAUAAAUUUUGCCACUUGGAGAAAGCCAAACCCUUAAGAAUGCCAUCUGGGCAGCGACAGGACAUCGUGCUUCCUGUACGUAAUGACACGUCAUCUUCCCGCGCAAGGCAUUAUGGAGCCGUCAUCAUCACCACGUCAUGUGUUCUGGUGCAAGACACGUCAGUAUGGCCAUUUAUCUGACGGUUCUCAGCUAGCUAAUGAUUGUAGAAUUCGUAAUUGGCGACGUGGCCAAAACUUAUUUAGAGAAAUGGACGAUGCUAUCUCUUCGUCAUCCAACCAAAACACAGUAAAGCAUCACUAGUGUAAACAAUGGAGAACUUGAUUAUGCCCAUAAUCAAAAAGUCCCCUAUUUCAAUCCCAAACGAACAAGAUACUCUAUCUGCAUUCUCAACAAAACCCACCAAAUCAUCUGUUCCCUUCACCAAAAAAAUUACAGACUCGCAUUUGAAUUACCUCUGCAAAAAGGGUCGUUUAAAUGAGGCCGUAUCCGCUCUUGAAUUGAUUGCUCAACAUGGCUCCAAGGUAUCACCUAAAACUUUCAUCAGUUUACUGCAAUCCUGCAUCGACUGUAAUUCUGUUACUCUGGGCCGCAAGGUCCAUGCUCAUUUUCACUUGGUCCAGGAAAAAAACCCGUUCCUUGAGACUAAGCUAGUUAGCAUGUACGCGAAAUGUGGAUCUUUAAGUGAUGCACGUAAAUUGUUUGGUGAAAUGCGUGAGAAAAACUUGUACACUUGGUCUGCAAUGAUCGGUGCGUUUUCUAGAGAGCAUAGAUGGAAGGAAGUUGUGGAAUUGUUUUAUAUGAUGAUGGAAGAGAACUGUUUACCGGAUGCCUUUUUGUUGCCUAAGAUAUUGCAGGCUUGUGGAAAUUCUCGGGAUAUUAAAAGUGGGGAAAUGGUACAUUCUUUGGCUAUCAAAUGUGGAGUGGAUGGUUACCCUUUUGUUAAUAAUUCAAUUUUGGCUGUUUAUGCAAAGUGUGGGAAGUUAAGUCUGGCUAGUAAAUGUUUUGAGAUGAUGGAUAAAUCAGAAACGGCUGCUUGGAAUGCUUUGAUAUCUGGGUAUUGCCAACAUGGACAGAUUGAGGAAGCUCAGAGGUUAUUUGAUGCUAUGCGUGAAGAAGGGAUUGAGCCAGGUUUAGUAUCUUGGAAUAUACUGAUUGCUGGUUAUAAUCAGUUGGGAUAUUUUGACAUUGCAAUGGAAUUGAUGAAGAAGAUGGAAGUUCUUGGCACAAGUCCUGAUGUUGUCACAUGGACGUCUAUGAUUUCAGGGUUAGCUCAAAAUGAUAAGGCAAGUAAGGCGUUGCAUUUGUUCAAUGAUAUGAUUUUGGCAAGGGUUGAACCAAAUGGAGUUACUAUUAGUAGUGCGGUUUCAGCAUGUGCAUCUUUGAAAGUUUUAAAUGAAGGCUUGGAAAUUCAUGCGCUUGCGGUUAAGUUGGGUUUUGUUGAAGAUGUGCUUGUUGGUAAUUCACUCAUUGACAUGUACUCAAAGUGUGGGAAGCUGGAAAAUGCUUGGAAGGUCUUUGAUAUGAUGCCAGAGAAAGAUGUUUAUACUUGGAACUCGAUGAUUGGGGGAUAUUGCCAAGUUGGAUAUUGUGGUAAAGCGCACAUGCUUUUUAUGAAAAUGCAAAAAUCAGAAACGCAACCUAAUGCUAUCACUUGGAAUAAUAUGAUAUGGGGUUAUAUACACAAUGGAGAUGAGGAUCAAGCCAUGGAUCUGUUCCGAAGGAUGGAAGAGGAUGGGAAAAUCAAGCGCGAUACUGCAUCAUGGAACUCUCUUAUUUCAGGUUAUUUGCAAAUUGGACAGAAAGACAAGGCAUUGAGCAUAUUUCGACAAAUGCAGUCUUUUAGUAUUAAUAUCAAUUCCGUUACUAUUCUGAGCGUCUUACCUGCUUGUGCGAAUUUAAUUGCUCUUAAAAUGGUAAAAGAAAUCCACGGUUGUGUAAUUCGCAGAAAUCUGGAUUCUUUACUCCCUAUUACAAAUUCACUGAUUGACACCUAUGCCAAGUCAGGGAACAUAGGAUAUUCAAGAACCAUAUUCGAUCGAGCAUUAUUCAAAGAUUUCAUCACUUGGAACUCACUGAUUGCUGGUUAUGUUUUAUUUGGUUGUUCAGAUGCUGCACUUGGUCUGGUUGAUCAGAUGAAAAAGCUGGGCAUUAAGCCAAACAGGAGUACUUUUGUUAGCAUUAUCCUUGCAUAUAGUCUUGCCGGAUUGGUGGGUGAGGGGGAGAAAGCUUUCUAUAGCAUGAUGGAAGAUUAUCAAAUUACGCCAUCUUUAGAGCAUUUUUCAGCUAUGGUACAUUUAUAUGGUCGUUCUGCUAAACUCAAAGAGGCAAUGGAAUUUAUUGAGGAUAUGCCAAUGACGCCUGACUUCUAUGUUUGGUCUGCCUUACUGAAUGCCAGCUUAAUUCAUGGUAAUUUUGGUUUGGCAAUCCAUGCAGGGGAAAAUUUACUCAACUUGGAACCAGGGAAUCCUGUGAUUCGCCAGUUAGUUUCACAAGCAUACGUUUUAUAUGGAAAACCAAAAGUUGCUUUAAAAGUGAAAUGUCUUAAGAAAAAUAACAAAGUACUAAAACUUAUUGGAGAAAGCUGGAUUGAAGUAAAAAACAACGUGCAUUCUUUUCUUGCUGGUGAUCAGUCUAAAUCUAACUCAGACCUUCUAUUUUCAUGGGUUCAAAGUAUAAUAAAAGAAGUGAAGGCAUGUGAUCUGCAGCAUGGGUAUUGCAUCGAGGAAGAAGAGAAGGAAGAAAUCAUUGGUACACACAGUGAAAAACUAGCAUUGUCUUUUGCGUUUGUUUGUGCACCAUCUGCACCUCAAAGUAUAAGAAUUGUGAAAAAUCUGAGAAUGUGUGCAGAUUGCCAUAGGAUGGCUAAAUAUAUCUCUAUGAAAUAUGGAUGUGAAAUAUAUUUGAGCGACUCAAAUUGCUUGCACCAUUUUAAGUCUGGGCAUUGUUCCUGUGGUGAUUAUUGGUAAAGUGAUCAAUUAUGAGUUAAGAAGAUCAAUUGAUUGCAAGACCAGUUCCAGCGACGGCAUAGUGGCUGACUUAUUUGAGGGUUCUGGAUAUUAUUCAAGGUGACAUAGAUCUUGCUACCGUGCCGAGAUGUAGAAGAUUUACACAUCGUGUAUCUUUCGGUUGUCUGGCUUUCUUGCAUUUUAUGCUAAACCUACGUGUGUGAAACUUCAAAUGGCACUUGAGAAACUGGAAACCGGAAGCAGGUAUGUUGGACAUUAUGCGAACAUAUACAAUUGACAGUUGCUGUCAAAAAGAUAUUCUUCUUUCAUGCUCGUCUAUGAUGACAGGUUGUGGGAAGUGCAGAAUUUCUUGUGGACCAAAUUUUGGUUCAUUGACGAACCAUCGGAAUUGUUGGAAGAGCUUUAUUAUUCUACUCUGCAACAAGCUAAUAAUUGAACCAAUCCAUAAGCAUCCCAUUUUAAAAAGUUAUUGCAGGAGAGCAUAGAUCUUCAUGAGCUUCUUUUCUAUGCAGAGAUCUCUGUCAAUGUAUACCUGCUGUUAAAAGAUAUUCCACUUGAAAAGAGAUGCUUAUCAAAAGUUGUCACCUCCCCUUUAAUUUAUACUGGAAGAUAAUUCUGAACAGAUAACUUUUGACCUUACCAUGAUCAAGGAAUUGUCUGCUAUCGUCAGGGACAUCACCACAAAAGGAAAUAUGCGUCUUUAGAAUCAUGGACAAGAGGCAAUACCUUUCUCAGUGAGCAUUAUAAUCUUUGAGCGCAUUAUAUGGCAACCCGUCAGAAACAUGGGCAAAGUUGUUCUGCUAAAUCCCUCUCUGUAUGGAAGUUAAUUACAAGCUCUCUUUAUUUAUUCAUGAUAAAUUUGUAGAGGUUAUUUGGUCUGAUGUAAUUAUGGAAUCUAUAUUGUCCAUCUUGCAUCUUUUUCUCUUUAAUAAAUCAUUAUACCUUUUCGUCAA